AUGGCCGACCACAGCUCGAGAUCAUCGAUCUCCCCGUGCACACCUCCUUUCGCCACCCCGUUUCCUCCAUUGGAACCGCAGUGGCAUGGCACGUCCGCCCAACCCCUCAAAGGCCUCGAUUCAAAGCCGCAGCACCUUCCCCUGUCCUCGCCGGAGCUCCAAGCCGAACCAUCGCCAUUGCUUCUAUCUUCCUGGACACGAAGGCAGCGAACCACGACCGUCCGAUCUGAGAUGGGCAGUUCAGAUCCUAUGUUGACUACUGGUCAACCAGUCAAAGGUGAGGCCACAUCACCUAUAUGA